GGAACACGCCCCCUCGCCAAGCUCUCCGUCCGCGGCAGCGCCAGGCGCUCCCUCUCGGCCUCCGCCCUCCGAGACGCAGCCAGCAGAUCCGAUAAGGAGAGAAGCAGAAGGCGCUACGGACGUUUUCCUCCGUCGGUAAUCACGUCGCCAAAAUGGCAGAUCAGAUGCACCAGUCUCCCCAGGUCUCCUCGUCGGGAAUGAACUCCUCUCCCUCGGCCAAGGACUCCAAGCUCUCCGUGAAAGACCUGGUGUACUGGCGGGAGCCCAAGAAGACGGGCGUGGUGUUCGGCGUCUCGCUGAUCCUUCUGCUGUCACUGGCCACCUUCAGCGUCAUCAGCGUGAUCUCCUACAUCCUGCUGGCCCUCCUCUGCGUGACCAUCACCUUCCGAUCCUACAAGUCGGUCAUCCAGGCGGUGCAGAAGUCCAACGACGGACACCCUUUCAAGGCGUUCAUGGAAAAGGACAUCUGCGUCGCGCCCGAGACCUUCCGCAAACACGUGGACGUCUGCCUGUCCCAAGCCAACUCCGCCAUCCACCAAGUCAGGCGUCUUUUCCUGGUGGAGGACCUGGUGGACUCCCUCAAGCUGGCCGUCCUCAUGUGGCUGAUGACCUACGUUGGCGCCAUCUUUAACGGCAUCACCCUCCUGAUCCUGGCGGAUGUUGUUCUCUUUACCGUCCCCCUGGUGUACGAGAAAAACAAGACCCAGAUCGACCAUCACAUAAAACGCGUCCACACCCAAGUGGACAGCACUGUGGCGAAGUUACAGGAGAAGCUUCCCAAUGUGGUGAAGCGUAGCAAAGCGGAAUGAUUGAUUACACCCCCCCGCCCCCCCAGCCCGUGUUCCUGCCCCACCCUCCCUGCACACACACUGCACUGAACCAGCGACCAUGUAAAAUCCCCUGAGCAUUUGCCAUGUAACGCACAUGCACUGGCGUCCUUGCAGCCCCCACCCCCCGUCAUGGGCAGCUGAAGUAAACGGAGACCCCGCCCCCGAGCCGGAUCGGAGCUGGGAGAGGCUUCCCGGCUUGGAAGUGACUGUCUGUGUUCGUCUGCUGUAUGUAUGAGGCCUGGGGGGUGAAAAUGAGUGUUUUGGUGGUUCUGUGGGUAACUGUCCCUCCCCCCGUGUGCCCGUCCCUCCCCUUCCUCUGUAGUGUUACUUGUGUCUGUUAUUUAGAUCCUCAGAGUAGCACUUGCUCGUAUGCUAGAGAAACACUUAACUGGAGCCCUCAGUGUUCUGCAAGAACCACGUGAACGUCGACUAACAUUUUCCGGAGGGGAUCCUGGGCCCAGUGGCCCCCUGCCUCCAGCUUCUCACCUGAAAAACACUCGUCCGUUUGUCCACACGGUUGUAACGACAUCUCUGCUGUCACGGAAGCGACACUGUAUCCUACUUUCUUUUUAAGACUCUUUCUGCUGUUAUCGUCGCGUAGUUAGAAAGUGAAUUUUUACGUUAAUGUUAUUACUGUUGUUAUGGUAACUGCUUUAACAUCUCGGCCUGUUUCGGCGGUACUGUUUGAGAGCGGCCUUGGUUGACCCUUCUUGGAGACCGUAGGAUUUUCACCCGUCUGUUAUGCAUAUUCCCUUAAUUUCACACGUUUUAGAGUUUCGGUGUACUUUGAUUCCAAAAGCGAGGUUGUUACUUUUUUAAAUCGUUAGCUCGUGUAUGAAUAUCCAUUGUGUGACACACUACUGACCCUUUCCCCUGAAAGGGAAAAAACACAACAUUCUGGAACAUUCCCAGUGUAUGUGAACUUCUGUGGGCGGGGGGGGGGGUUUGUUGGGUCAGAGGGCCUCACAAACGUGCGGCGGUAAUGUCUGGUUCAGUUUGCCGUUGGCUCCUCCCCCCGGCCUUUGCAUUCUGCACUGCUGUAGCUGAACAUAGGUACUAUGAAACAUCCGCUUAAUGUGCUUUUGGUGCGUUUCCCUGGAUAUCUGUCUCGAAACCACACACAUCUGUUGGAUAUUGAUCUGUUCCCCAGCAACCAGCCCCCCCUACUCGCUACCAGUUGAAAAACACUUGGCUACUUGAUAUUUGAUGUUCACUAACCAAUAAAUGUCUUUUAAAACUA